ACUGCAUUUUCCCUUGUCUCUUUUUCAACCAUUUUUAUUUAUUUCCAUGUAUUUUUAUCUGUAUUUUUAUCUGUCGACAACAAUAAACUUGAAUGUAUUGUUUGUUUGUGGCAAACAUUUCUCAAUCAUAAAGGGUCUUUUUCUUUUUCUCAUGAUUUCAUGCAAACUAAACUUAAAAAAGAAGAACCGAGAAACACUGCUUAUUGUACAUUCUCUCAUGCUAGUUUAGACAGAAACAACUUCUUUUUUUUU